UUGAACCGGAAAGCUACUCCUGAAGACUUAAAUGUUCUGUCUGUUGACUUGAAUCAAAGUCGUAAAUAGCGAGCUUUUGAAACGUUCAGGUGAAUCACAGGUUGAGGUGAAAAUGUGCUAAAAACCAUGUCAACACUCAUCAUUAACAUAAAGGCGAGGUCUACGUGCGAUACGUGUCUGUUUUAGUCGUCUCCAUUUACAAGAAAUGAUCACUCAUCGGCUCUUUCUUUACGUUUUCAACUGAGUCUGCGGUUUAAGCAUUGACAAAGCAUUGUCUGUCGACUAGUUUGGUUUGAAUUUUUUUUACUUCUAACAGUGACAUGAAUGAAAGUAAAACAUCUUCUUGUGUGUAGAAGUUUCCUUGGGGAUGCACACAGUGCGUUGGUGGGGGUCGUGGGGGGGCCUCUGGCCUUUGCCUCCUCACCAGACGGACCCCAGAAGCCACCGGGCAGGACGUGUGCUGAAACCUCAUUGGUCCACAACCCCCAGUGGGCGGGGCUGUGCUGUGGGGGGUAUUUAAGGUUUUGUUCCAUUGUUACCCAGUGUGUUUUCCAGCUGGCCUUACUCAGGGGCAGGAGCUCGGCCAACUGCGAGGGGAUACCGCUGCACUUUUUUUUUUGUUGUUCGCUUUGCAAUCCGAGCAUUUCGUUUUUUUUUUGUUUUUUUUUUAUAAAUGUCUUGCAACGACUCUCUGGACGGAAGUUUCCCUCCGUCUCCUGCAGAAGACAGGGGCUCCCAGCGGCUGUCCUGGGGCAGUCUGCUGCAGAGGCUCACCGAGCUCAAGGGGACCGGUCAGACGGCCUCAGCUGACCAGUACUGCAGAAGUGAAGCUGGGUCUGUGGCAGACUUGUCUCUGUCUGAAUCGGACAGCAGCAUCUUCUGUUACCCCCUGGAGGAGACCCUGGCUGCAGAGGUGGUGGCCACCAUCGAACAAUGCCUCAACAAUGCAUCGCACGUCCUGUGCUGCUCCAAACUCAUCAUACCCGACUGCCUGAUCAGAACUAUCAAUGAGAAGUUGCUCAGUUUGGCCGUCAAUGAGCCGUGCGGCCUCAGGGGGGCGCUCGUCGACCUGUGUGUGGACAGGGGGGACCAGGGUUCAUUGUGCACCCUGGAUCAGAUAGCCGUUGAUCCCACCCUGGUCCCGACCUUCCAAGUGACUCUGUUGCUGAGGCUGGAGCCCAGUGGGCUGUGGCCAAAGGUUCAGAAGCUUUUCAAAAGUGGCAAACCCCCGUCCCCGACGUCUCCGAGGCACCACAAGAUUCUGAGACUGAGCUCUGGCUUCAGGGCCAUCAAGAGGAAACUGUACUGCUCUGGGGAGCUGGUGAUUGAGGAGUGUUGCUGACUGAGAAGCCCAAAGUGCCCGAUAAAAGAACUGAAUUCUUCUGAAUUGUGAAAAAAAAAUGUUGUGCCCGCUUCUUAGGAUACCAUUGUACACAAUGAAUUGCACUGACAUGACGGUCCUUAAUCACCGAUUCAUGUCGAUCAUGAUCCGUUUUUUAUUAACGGAAGCAGCCUGUGUCUAAUGGCAGCUACUCACCUGGUAACAGGUGACUCCACAGUAACUCGUGCUUAAGCAUGAAUCCUUUGAGUGAGUCUUUCCCGUGAAUGUGAGGAAAUGUAUUUGUCCAAAUGUUACCACCAGAAUUUUAUACCACCUUUUAUAUUUUUUACUUGA